AUGAGUAACCUUGGAGCUCUCGACAUGGCACUUGACGAUGUCAUUUCUCAAAACCGCACCAACAAACGCAGCAGCAACAACAACCCUGGUGGUCGCCGUGGUGGUAACUCUCGUGGCGGUAUCAGCAAGAGCCGUUCUUCAGGUGGUCGCCCUUCGCCUUACAAUGGAGCCAGACCUGCACGUAACAACGCACCUGUUAGAAACAGUAGACCAGCAAGCAGCACCCCUCGCGCCUCGAAUAACAGCCUCGUUGUAGCCAAUUUACACUUCAAUGUCACCGAAAAGGAUCUCUAUGAUCUCUUUGGUCAAAUUGGUACAUUGAAGAGAGCUUUCCUCCACAUUGGUCCCAACGGUAAAUCUGCCGGUAUUGCUGAUAUCGUGUUCCAAUCUAGUCAUGACGCUGAAAGAGCCCGCACCACAUACAACAACGUAGAAUUAGAUGGCCGUCCUAUGCGCAUCACAAAUGCCUCCAUCAUCUCUGCCGUGUCCAAUGCUCCCUCCAGCAAUGCUCCCCGUCGCAGUAAUCUUCGUGGUGGUAACAGUGGCGGUCGUCGUGAUAACAACAGCAGCAACAACGCCCGUCGCAGUGGUGGUAACAAAAGAGAAUCUCGCCCCAAACCAAGCCAACAAGAUUUGGAUGCUGAAAUGGACAGUUACAUGGGCAACAACGAAGACAUCCAAAUGAACUAA